AUGAAGAUCCUCGUUGUGGGGGGUACCGGCAUGGUAGGGGGUCAUGCGGCACUCCAUCUACAGUCCCAGGGGCACAGCGUCUCCAUUGCUGGUCGUCGAGCUCCCGAAGCCGCCACAUCCCUUGCGAGCCUGCCCUUCAUAAGGGGAGACUACAUGCAAAACGACUUCACAAGAGAUCAACUCUCCGCUUUUGACGCCGUCGUAUUUGCUGCAGGAAGCGACAUCCGACACGUGCCAGCGGGCCAAGUCGCUGACCAGCACUACCUACAAGCCAACGGAGAGGCCGUACCAGCUUUCGCUCGACUCGCUAGAGAAUCAGGAGUCAGGAAGUUUGUGCACAUCGGAAGUGUCUACCCACACAUACUGGGCGACGUAGCCGACCAGAACGCCUACGUCCGCUCACGAAAGUUGGCGGCGGAUGGGGUUGUUGGGUUGGCGACCCCUGAGUUCCACGCUUGCAGCUUGGAUGCACCGAUAGUCGUCGGAUCGGUACCCGGGAUCGUAAUCCCGAUGUUCAAAGCAUAUAUCGAUUAUGCGGAGGGCAAGCUCCCGAUCCCUGCAUUCGCGCCCAUCGGAGGGCUGAACUUCAUCUCCACGCAAUCCCUUUCGGAAGCUAUCCUGGGGGCUAUCGAACAUAGCGAAGCUGUUUCGGGAAGGGCUAUUCUGGUCGGCGACGAGAAUCUGACGUACGCAGAGUACUUUGAGAUGUUCUUUAGGGCUGUUGGAAACCCACAGACGUUGCCGGCCCUGGACCAAGAUCACCCGCUGUUGCCCAAGGCGACUUUGUAUGCUGGAGACAGGACCGUGGUAUAUGAACCAGAUGCGGAGGACCUGAGGAGGCUGGGCGGGUAUCGUCGACACGAUGUCAGAACCGCAGUCGGUGAGAUUGUUCGCCAGUAUAGGAAUGCUGACAAGGCAGACGUGGCAUAG